AAGGGAUGCGAGGGAGAUGGCUGAACUUAGAUAGCCCUGUUUUGGGAAAUAUUUACACCAUGGAGCUUCUCCGUAGGAAACAGGGGUGCGCAGGACGGCUGCUAGUCCUAGCAGUGGUGUUCGGGUGGUGUUUCGGCUGUGUACGCAGUUUCGGACAUGGAGGCCAGGACAGCGAGUUUACGUUUCUGUUGCAAGCCGGAAGAUCCGAGUGUUUCUUUCAAACAGCAGCAAAGAAUGGUACGAUGGAGGUCGAAUAUCAGGUGAUAGCAGGUGCUGGCAUGGAUGUAGACUUCACCAUCAUCUCUCCAGCGAACAUCCAGCUCAUCAGUGAGUCUCGACGCUCAGACGGAGUGCACGUGGUGGAUGCCACAGAGGAGGGAGACUACCAGAUCUGCUUUGACAACACCUUCAGCCGCUUCUCGGAGAAGAUGGUGUUCUUUGAGAUCAUCCUCGAGGGUCAUGGGGGAGAUGUGGGGGGAGACGAAGAGUGGGCGGGUUUAGAGGAGCCUGAUGGGAGCCUGCUGGAGUACAAGCUGGAAGACAUCCGGGAGUCCAUGGACUCUCUGCACAGACGCUUGGAGCGCAGCCGGCAAAUGCAGACGGUGUUGCGGGCCUUUGAGGCACGGGACCGAAACCUUCUGGAGGACAACCUAUGGAGGGUUUCUUUCUGGUCCUGUGCCAGCGUGCUGGUGAUGCUGUGUGUGGCCCUUACCCAGGUCUACACUGUCCGCAAACUGUUUGACGAUAAGCGGAGGGUCUGCACAUAGAGGGAUCAUUUUGCUGAUACGUGACAGGCUGGGAAGGAAAUCCCACUCCAAAACAAACUGUUCAGCUGGUUACCCAUUCAUAUUGUUCUUUAUUAUUUUUCAUUUGGUUUACAUCAGCAGGCAACACGGAUUCUGGUGGGUCUUUUUUACUUUAAAAUCUUGUUGGUGAGCAAUAAUAAUAUUAUCCGUUCAUAAAGGGUAACCAGAUGAGGAAGAGAUUUAGAAAGUUGAAGUUGGUCAUUUGCUGUCAUUAGUGCCUUUUUAAUGUCAAAUCCUACCACAAACCAGUGAGGAAAUACAGUUUGAAGGGUACUGCUUACAUAAAGAGAACAAUACAUAGUUUAUAUAUGUAUAUGUAACUGCUGUCGUAUGUUUCUGAAACUGCUUUGAGGUUUUUGGAAUUUUUCUGCUAAAGGUGAGAUUACCAUCGUUAAAGGUAAAAAAGUCAGUUAUAUGACAUAACUGAAUAACAUAUCUGACCCACAGAACUCCUACGUUUGCCAGUUUACAGGUGAUAACAAUGUGCAAUAGUGUCCUUGGCGUUGCUAGUUCUUCCUGACAGUGUAACAUCCUGCCAUUAUAUUGAUGAUUGGUUUCAGCCGUAUCAAUGGUUAGCUUCUUUUUGAGUGUGUUAUUGAUUUCUUUACACGUGCCAGUACAAUUUCAUACUGAUGUGUUGACAUAAGAAUGUAGGGGAAGAAAAGAGAGAUGAUUUCUGCUAUGAAUGCCAAUAUUGUAUAUGUGUCAGUACUCUUCAAGACAAAUAUGUACAUUUUGCAUGUGUCAGUUCAAACAUGUACCAGGAUAACUCAGUGUGAAUAUAUGAAUAGGGAGAUGUGUGUUUCUGUUCUGUCAUCUAAAUGAUCACUUUCUUUUUUUUUUGGUCCGACAUGUGUUUAUGUGAUAUUUUGAUUUUAAUCAACAAGUCACUGAUCUUAAUAAAAGGGUUUUUUACACAGUAAA